GCAUGCGCCACACAUUGCAAUCAGCUGUCAGAAGGAACGUAAUCUCGUAAAAACAAAAUUAUUUGUGUCUGAAAUUAUUUCCCGUCAAUAUGGCGGGGCAAAAUCCAGGAUCACCUACCGACUUUCAAUAUUUUUACGAAGAUGAAGUGUACAAAAUCAACAACCACGGUCAAGUCGUUUUUGGACUGGUGCUGGAAAACUACGAAGCCAACUCUAGCGACCAAGAGAGCGACAUAGAAACUCCUAUACAGAAGGGCGAAAUUCGCGUUGUCUGGCAUCCAUCAGGCACCGAAAGGGUCAUAUCCGAAAAGUCGGUUGGCCUGGCCGACAGGUCUCUUAUGCCCGGCGAUGUUGUUCGCCGUCUCAUAGCCGGUAAAGACACCCAGAGAGGUUACUGCCGGGACAUUGUUAUGACUGCAGCACUGCAGAUCGUUGGCACCAAACAUGUCAUCCCAAACGUUGCCAGUGAACGACUGCAGCCUCUGGAGGAAUUCACACCCGAUCUAGCUGUGUGCUUGGAUUCAUGGGUUGGAACAUCAAAGGCCGUCCACAGUAAACUACGUUUAGUGUCAGCAGACGGUUCUCGCUUGGAAUACCCAGAUCUCGAUACAUGCCCCCUCGAAGACUACUCCAUGCGUCGUCGUAGAGCAACCCCGUACUCCUCUUCCGAGUUCUACCCGGGGCAGGUGGUCUUCGGUCCCCUCGGCUCCUUGGAUAACGCCAACUGGCUGCACAUGACCAAGGAAAUGAAAGCGGCUAGGAAACAUAAAAUGCAUGACCACAAGUUCACUGUGGAGGCGGUGAUGACUGAGAGCGUGAGUGUGCACUGGCAGUGUCGCGCGCUGUGCACGCACCCCACCGACGCCGGCACGCCGCAGCAGCCCAAGUUCCUCGUGGAGGGCGAAGAUCUCAAGAAGCUCAAACUUCUGAACGUGUUCGAGCCGUGCACGCUGCAGGUCGGCGACCGGAACUUCCUCACCAUCGGCCCCGAAGACACAUUCAUCAGCAAGAAACAGUGGCGGAAACAGCAGAGUAAAUACUACAGGAAUCUCCGCAAACAGACGCGUCCGCUCAAGAAACCCUCGAAGACUGAUACCAACUCGGAGCACCUGCCCUCCCGGCCCAAGAAGCGCGCUUCUUCUCACAGGAAACUAAAGUCUGUCGAUCAUGAAAUGGACGUGGACGGUGCUGAUGAGAAGUUGGAAUCUCUGGAUGAAGUGCUCAAGGCAGACACUUCCUGUCCGAGUAUCAAAAUAGAGCCGAGUGACACCACACUGCCGUCCGUUGGUAGCCAGGACGAUACCGCUACUGAGGAGAAGAAUGACUCGGGCAUAAGCCCCGAGCCGGCCAAGGAGGGUGCGCUGCUGAACGGUUCUCGCGCGGCAGAUCUCGCUGACGAUGACUCCGACAACUGGGAGAACACCAGCAGCGAUGGCAGUGAUACUGACAGUGGCGCCACCUGGUCGUCGCGCUGCUCGUCCGCCGCGUCUGGCUCCGGUCGCGGCGCUCGCUCGCCGCAGCUAGCGGUGCGGCUGCUGCGCGGCAAGCGGCUCAAGCGGGCCGCCCGCCGCGCGCCGCCCGCGCCGCCGCCGCGCCGCAGCGACCGCGUCGUCGUCGAGACGCUUCACACCUCCAGCCGCGCCAACGUCGUGUGGCAGGAUGGAACCAUCGAGAUGGGUAUACCGUCGACUCAACUGUAUCCCAUCCACCACCUGGACGGGCAAGAGUGUUUCCCCGGGGACUUCGUCAUCAAUGGUGCUGCCAACGUUGAGGAGAACCAACAGCUCAAGCACAGAGAGUACGGCGUGGUGCAGCGAGUCGACCACCACGGACGUACGGCGAUCGUGCACUGGUACCGCACCUACACGAGCGCAGACGAGCCUGUGCCACAGAUGCUGUACGAGAGUGAGAUGAGCGUGUACGAUCUAAAGGACCACCCGGACUUCCAGUACCGGCCCGGCACCGUCGUCAUCCGCGUCGCCAACUUCACCGGCGAGGACGCCAACUGCACCGCAGGACAGGUGAUAGACAACUUCCCGUCCGGUCGUGUGAAGGUGUGGUGGGUUGACGGACACACGAGCAUGUGCUGGCCACAGGACUUGUACAAGGUGGGCGAGUACGACAGCGAGGAUGGGGAGCUGUGGGGCUCGGAGGGGUCCGCAUCGGACGAUUCGUGGGAGACGCAGAGCUCCGCCCAUGACCCGGAGCCGCGCACGCCCGACGCGCCCGCAGCCCCGCCCGCCGACCAGCCUCCGCUGCCAGCGGCCAUGACAGCGCCCACGACGGCGGAGGGCGAGGCGGCGUUACCGCGGCUGCUGGAGCCCCGCGUCGCGGCGCACCUCGAGCGCGGCCGGGUCGCCAUGCGCCGCCUGGAGGAGAUGUUCGCUAAGCAUCCCACGCUGCAGAGCCAGGAGAUAAUGCGGAAACUUUUGUAUCUGUACAAGGAUUGUCGGUUUCUCGACCGGCUUAUGGGUACGACUUUCUUCCAUGAAGAUCACUUCUUGGGUCUGUUAGAACGCGUACGUGAACGCGGCGCGAGCACGCCUCGUGCGGGCGAGCGGCGCGUGCACGAGCAGCUCGCGCGCCUGUUCGCGCCCGCCGACGACGCCGAGCCGCUCGACGAGCCGUCGCCGUCAACUAUCGCGACUAGCAACGUCACUGUUGAGCCUAUGGAGAUAGAGACAACCUUCCCUAAGAAGCCGCUCAGCUUGAAUGUAGAACAGGCACAGGCCUCGAGUUCCGACACCAGCGCCGCCAAGGACGGCACGUCCGAAAAUCCAGCUGAUGACGUGGAAGGCAACGCCCGCAACGUCUGCUACAAGCUGUGCUCGCUGAUACACGCGCAGCUGGUGAAAGCCCACGCGGAGGUCAGCCGGAGAAGGCCGCAUGAGCUGGCCGAAUUCCUAAACGACUUAAUGAAAAAGCAAAGCGCGACUGAAGAGAAGUUACCCUACCACUUUUCAGUUCAAUACGGAGCGUUAGUGGUGAGCAUAGCUGAUGAAAUAGAAAAAGGAGAGAAGAAAGAGAAUAAUGCCGAGAGCGAAUCGGCAGAUACCACUGCCACGUCUGAUAAGAGCGCGUCCAAAGACGCACCCCUCGCGACCGCAGAGGGCGACGCGGAGCCGGCCCCGGAGCCCGAGGUGGAAGUGGGUCCGGGGGCGGAGGGCUUCUGCGUGCUGGAGUCCGCGCCCGCCGCCCACCGCUUCCGCCUGUCCAUGCUGCAGCCGUCCGAGCCGCGCAGCUUCUACUCCGCAGUGAAGCGCGAGAUCAAGCUGCUGAAGAGCGAUCUGCCGCCCGGGGUGUGGGUCCGCGGCUACGAGGACCGCAUCGACCUGCUGUCCGUGAUGAUCGCCGGGCCGAGCCGCACGCCGUACGAGGGCGGGCUGUUCGUGUUCGACGUGCAGCUGGGCGGGGAAUACCCGCGCGCGCCGCCGCUCUGCCACUACCACUCCUACUGCUCCGACCGCCUCAACCCCAACCUGUACGAGGACGGCAAGGUGUGCGUGUCCCUGCUGGGCACGUGGUCGGGUCGCGGCGUGGAGGUGUGGGGCAAGGACAGCUCGCUGCUGCAGGUGAUAGUCUCGCUGCAGGGGCUCAUCCUCAACGCCGAGCCCUACUUUAACGAGGCCGGCUACGAGAAGCAGAAGGGUACACAACAAGGCAAGGAGAACUCUCGCAUGUAUAACGAGAUGGUGUUACUGAAGCUGGUGCAGUCCAUGACGCGUAUGCUCAUGAACCCCCCCGAGCCGUUCCGUGAGGAGAUACUCGCACACCUUCGCGCCUCGUCGGCCCCCCUCUGCGAGCGCCUGGAGGGGUUAGUGGCGCUCUCCAACGGGCAGCGCUCCGACCUAACCCCCCCGGAUUACCCCCUCAUUCCGGCGUCUCGCGGCUUCUGCCUCACCCUCCGCUCGUCUCUAGAAUCGUUCCGCGCGGCGCUGCGACGGAACGACAUCAUAGUGCCGCCAUCCACCUUAUAGCCUUAGCGGUAGCUAGUUAAUUAAUUGUUAGCCCCCGGCCUCGUGAUGACAGAUCGUAGUUUUAGUUACACCGAGCCCGCACUCGUGUGUUUGGAUUUGAAAAUACCAGUGAUAAAGUUUUAAGCAAGGUUUCAUUUCGCGUUGGUUUCGAGCCAAUAGAUGGCGUUAUACGCGUGGGUAAAACAGCACACGACAAGAAUCUUAGGGUCAAUUUAUACUAGCGCAGAAUCGAAGCGCGUCGAAGCGAAUU